GGGGAUGAAUAACUAUCAGGAGCUAUGUCUCCACCUGCAUGUUCUUGGCGUGUAUACACCAAAAUGGCUUGGGGAUGAAGAAGUCCAACGUGUACGCGAGGAAACGAACUCUGAAACCUUUCGUGGGUGGCGGAAUGUUACAUCGGCUGUCUGUAUACUUCUUGUUGUCCCCAGGAAUCGAAUCGCUCAUGUCAUUACUGAACUGGAUAAAGCAGGCACCCCAGUCUUAUGUUGUAACAUCCGGGGAACUCAAACAUCUAACAUGUUCUCGUCCAUCCACGCUGUUUUUGGGACACUACGCAUUUUUGGGUCCAAGCAGGACAAGAGAGCAGUGAUUUUGCCAGACAGUGCUGGACGUUCCGGAUCUUCACCUCUCAUUAUCUCAUUCUGGGCACCAUCACCGCCUCUUAUGAUCGAGCCUAGCAACACUUACAUUCAUUUGGCGGUUCGUUCUAGCCCCGUUACCGCUCAGGUCCUUACUCCUAAGCUGGGCAUGGACCUUUCUAUAUUCAAUGCAAACCUUUUGGAUGAGCAACGUGUACAUGUACUCGCUGAACGUCCCAAUCUUGAUGGCGAGUUAAAGAAGAUCGUUGCCGCGGCGCCGCCAAAGGUUGACAUGGGUCGUACGUCAAUUGCAACAUCGAGACUGAGGUGUUCCGACGUCAUAGUAUCAAUGGAUAGCACUUGUCGCAGGAUAAUAAGGCUAACUUCUCGGAUGACAAUUCACUCUUCCAGGACAGAACCCUCGUUUGACGUCGGGUUGAAAGUGGAGCAAGUUACAUUGAAUUCUGUGCGGUUGUGCGUGAAACAUACGAAGAAAGUAGUUGUUUUUCCUCUCCCCGUAGAUGCUAGCAGAGGAACGUGUCGUAUGGUAGGAUCGGGCCAUGCAUUGACACUUGAGGUUUCCGUACCUCCAUUUCUUGCCGACUCGGGCAACCAGACUAAGUAUCGAUCAGGGCUGAUACCUUUUCUUUGUGUUUCCACUAUGCUGCUGGGAGCUAUUGCUCUGAUUCUAUAUUGUCUCUACCGCGGCGCUCGGUUGAUGCUUGCAGUCUUGAGGUGGUUCAAUGUUCUGUAA